AAUUUGCUCAGUACAGGUCUACAUGUCUCAUCAUGCCGUGAGAACGGACUUUGGCAGCGAAAGACACUUCGCCAUCUUCUAUCACUGUCGUCGACCAUUCUAUGUCAAAGCGGCUUAUACGCGAUGUCGGACAGCUAUCUGUACUCGCACAGACGUAAUUACCUCGAUUCAGUCAUUGCAAUCAACGAAGAUGGUCCUGGUAUUCAUGAGCUAGAAGGUUGGCUUAUACCUUCCGCCAAUCAAUUCUCCUUCCGCCGAUGCGGUGUCGCCUUACCUCCUGAUACGAAACUGAUACGUGAACUUUGAAGAGAAUUUCGUCAGUUCAAAGAGGACCCCAGAAAUCUGUAAGUUCAUAGUUUCCGAUCCCAUCAGAAGGUACCUUCACUUCAGUUUGCUUGGACAUAAGAGCGCAUCAGUUAUUUGCUUUCCGGUCGGACAACGGCGACAUUAAAUGGUGCCGAUAGAUAAUUAUCCGAG